AUGCGUAAACGAUUGAACUUGAACGAAACAAUUGAUAUAGUUCAAUACGAGCAAUUCAAGAAAGAAAGAGAUUACAGGAUACAAGUCCUUUUGAGAAUCAUUGCAGUAGUGAAGUUUCUUGCUAAACAUAAUUUAGCAUUCCGUGGAUCAAAUGAAAAGUUGUAUGAUAAAGGUUUUUUGAAUGUUGAUGAUACCACCGGAAAAGGACUAUUUGAUAUUACACUUGAGGAGUUAAAGUCUCUUGGUCUUGAAAUUGAUGAUAUGCGUGCUUUACAUGAAGUUGGAGAAAGGGAUAAUGAUGCUGUAGUUGCAAGUGAAGCAAUUUCAUUGGAAGAAAAAGAACUUGGUGACUUUGAAUUUUUGGUAUCACUAGUCAUUUGGUAUCAAGUAUUAAACCAUGUGAAUAUUAUGAGUAAAAAGUUACAGUUAAAGGAUAUGCAUGUUGAUAAUGCUAUUAAAGAAAUAAAUAAAUUGAUUGAGUACUGCAAAGAUUAUAGAGAAACUUGUUUUUCAAAAGCGAUUAUUGAAGCUAAGGAGAUUGAUAUUGAAUUGGGUAUUGAUAGAAUAUUUCCACAAAAACGUUUGAUUCAAAGGAAAAGGAUGUUUGAUGAGAGUUCAAGUAGCGAAGAAGUUUCAUUUACAGCCGAAGAGAAUUUCAGAGUCAAUUAUUUCUUAUACAUUAUUGAUCAAGCUAGUUCUUCUCGUGAGACAAGAUUUGAACAAUUCAAAGAGUAUGACAAAUUAUUUGGUGUUGUAUUUCCACAUAAUUUGAAGGGAAUGGAAGAUAAAGAUUUUAUGUCAUCUUGUAAAACACUCAAGUUUGAAGAAAGAUCGGAUAUUGAUGUUGAGGAAGUUUAUACAGAGUUGAAAUUAUUUGAGACAUUGGACACCAAUGAAUUUAGCAACCCUAUAGAUGUUUUGAAGUUUUUGAAAGAACUUGAUUAUUUCUCAAAUGCAAGCAUUGCAUAUAGAAUAUUGUUGACUAUUCCAGUAAUAGUGGCAUCUGCAGAAAAAAGUUUUUCGAAAUUGAAGUUGUUGAAAUCUUACUUACACUCAACAAUGAACCAACAAAGACUUAGCGAUUUGUCCAUGAUAUCUACCGAGAACGAAAUCUUAGAGACUAUAGAGUAUGAUGAGUUAAUCAACCAAUUUGCUAUCGAGAAUGCUAGGAGAGCUUCACGGAUCGUCGGUUAG